AUGUUCAGUGGCUCUCGCGGCUCGAGCUCCAGCUCUAAAUACCCAACACAGGAAGCAUACGCUGCUCGAUUUCGAUGGGGUGAUUAUGUGGCCAUGUCUCAUACAUGGGGCGAGAAAAGUUUGUUUCGUCGGGUUUCGGUCAACGGUCGAGUGAUCCAAGUGUCGCAGAAUCUCGUCCAAGGGCUCAGAGCCCUGAGUAAGUAUCCGGCCAUCGCUAGCGGCGGAUUGAAAGUUUGGAACGACUUCCUUUGUCUUGACCAACAGAACAAGGAUGAAGUGCAAAGGGAGUUGAAGAACAUGGCAGCCAUCUUCUCAACAGCUUACGAGGUUGUGGCUUGGAUCGGUCCUUCCCUUGACAGGGAUGGGCUAGCCAUGGUCAAGCUUCAACAGAUUGGAGCCGACACCAAAUCUGAUGAGGAACUGUACGAAGAUAUUCGCUCCAUGAGCACCGAGGUAUGGGCAGCACUCGCAUGUUUCUGUGAGAGAGAAUAUUGGCGGCGAAUGUGGGUUGUCCAAGAGUUGAUUUUGGGAGGCCCAGAGACUGCCUUGCUCUGUGGCAACGACUCGGCGCCGCUACAUGCCAUGUGGCGGCUAGCGGCCGUGAUCGUCAACAACGCUUCUACAGCUCAUCGCCAACUUGGUUUGUCCCUCGAUGAAGGGAACAGCUAUUACGGCGAUCUCCGACACAAUACCCUCUCCGUCUGCUCGAGACUAAUAUAUCUCCGGGGUAUCGACAACUGUCUGAGAAAUGGUAGAGAUUGCAACAUCCUUCGUUUGCUGGACAUAUGUCGAGGAUCCCUCCAACAAGAUGCUCGUGACAAGGUGUAUGGAAUUCUUGGUUUGCUACCACCACAAGUGACAUCGCUCAUUGCACCCGAUCUCGACAAGACGGCGCACGAAGUGUACACGGACCUUGCGAGAGCCACUAUCCAAGGGACGAAGCGGCUGGAUCUUCUGCAAAAUUCCAGGCUCGAUGCCACACACAUCAAAUAUCCCACUUGGACUCCAGACCUGCUCAUCAAGAAUAUGUCACAUGCUUUGGGAACCCCAGGCAUUGUAAAUGCAGGUGGGGACCUUGACACGCCGCCAAACUUCUCUGCCGACGGAAGAUUUCUACACUGUCAAGGUCUUGUCAUCGAUGUCAUCGACCAUCUGACACCGUCUUUAUGGCCACUAGUACCAGUAACUUCUGAGGAGAUCAAAGAAUCGAUUCCGCUGUCAACUUGCUCUCCAGGAGACAUGCCAGAGCUCAAAACGGCACUCUGGAAGACUCUUGUUGGUGGGAGUGCGAACGGCGACUUCGACUCGCCCGCUCCUGAAGAAUAUGCUCGAAUACUGGAAUUCCAUUGGCCACAGAUCACCGACGAGGACGAGAUCCCUGACGUUGCAGCCGGCAUCAUCUCGGCAGGCUGGUGUAGCUCCGAUGAAAAGCAAGAUUUGACCACAUUUCUGCGCCUGCUGCAUCGUGCGAGACGAGACUUCGACGUCUGCGGACAUGCUCUCGAUAGCUUUUUCGGCCAUGCCACACCACUCGUGAAUGCUUCUGCCGAAACCAAGACGUCAGAGUCACAAACGAUCAAGAAAGCGCUUCGUCAAGUGGGUAACACCAUGAAACGUCGUCGCUUGGCGGUCAUGGGAAACGGGAGACUGGGUGCGGUCGUCCGUCAAGCGCAACGAGGUGAUCGUAUUGCAGUGCUGCGGGGCUGCAGCACGCCGAUUGUCUUGAGACCGUCCAAGCUGCUGCCAUCGGAUCCUGGCUUGGAAAACAUGGGAGAUACUGAAACAUAUGCGGUCGUCGGAGACUGCUAUGCCCAUGGCAUCAUGAAUGGAGAAACAGUGACGGGGACAGACUAUUGGGACAACAUCGUGCUCUGUUGA